GAUUACUAUAAUGCUGGGGAUGUAGGAUGUAGCGGCAAAGCAUAGCAUGCAUGAUGACAAUGCUUAGCCUCAAACCAUAUGCUUCCAUAAGAUGUCAAGUGGUUAUCGUUUAUGCUAUCGUUAUCACCGUCGCCAUCUUUCGAAUUACUAUAAUUGUUCAGGAGACAGAAAAAAGUGGAUUUUUUGCUAGGACAAAUCAAUGUUACCACAAGUACUGGAGUUUGCUCAAACUCGAAAAUUUCAUUCCACUACUUCCCUUCAUCUCCGAUCGAUGUGCACCGUCAUUUGAGAAAAUGGAAGUUUAUCGAUUUGGCGACAAAUAUGAUUGGAGAUAUAGCAUGACUCCGAAAAUUGAGAUCACGGAAGAUACAAAAGACGCACCCGAGAGGAAAUGCUACGGAUUUGUCUUCGUAGGCCUUACACCUAAUUUAACCGUUGAAGUGCAGUUGAAACGCAAUUUGCUCUUCAAUUGUGAAAUCAUUGGAGUAGAUCCGGUUGCGGGCGAUACGGCACAGAACUUUGCGUUAGAUGUGGGCGAAUUCGUACAGGAGCGUGUACAAGCAUGGAACGGCAGAAAUCCCCGAAGUUUAGCCAUGAUAGUUUCUAAUCAGAUGGAUUAUCCGGACAAUCAGCAACGCAUAAUUGCUGAACACGUAUUCAUAACAGGAUACGAAGAUGCUGUCAGGCUUUUGCCGUGGAUUCUGGAAACAACUGGUUACCUGAAAUUUAUAACACCUUGUCAGAUUACCAUAGACUUGCCUACUAUGGAGUUCGAACGGAUACAAAUAUUUAUCGCAUUUGUACGGCGAAUUAUCGAAGAAGAAAGUUAUACAGUCAUGUCCGUAUACAACAACUAUGUGACAAGGAUUUAUCUGUUCAACAGUGGAUUAGAAGAGUGUACAGCUCAUUAUGGGUUUUGA